CACAUCAGUGAAGAUCUCACUAUAAAAGCUAUUUACUCUGAGCCUGUACUUGAGCCCACAAAGGAGUGCCAUCUCUUUAGAGCACAAGGAAGACAAUACAUUACUGUCAAAUUCCAGUAGCCUGCGAAAUGGAUACCAGCAAGUCCCCUGCCGACUGGAAUUCAUCUGAGAAAUCUGAGAUUUUGCAGCCAACACCACCAGCCUACCAGGAGCAGUAUGGCUACCCCAAUGCUGGAUACCCUGCUCAAGGGAGUUAUCCUACCUCUUCUGGCUAUCCAGAACAGCCGUAUGGAGCUCCAGGUGGCCAGCCAAUCCUCCAGGGGCAGUAUGCCCAAGGGCCAUAUCCAAAUCAGCAUGCGGUCACUGUACAGCCAACAGUGUAUGUGACCGUCAGUCCACUAGUCAAUCCACAGCCGGAUUACCUGGGAUAUUCUAUCUUUACCUUGCUGUGCUGCUGUUUUCCCCUGGGUAUUGCUGCUCUGAUUUACUCCAUUUUUACUCGGAAUGCUAACAUGUCCGGACACCAACAAUUAGCAGAGAAAAACUCCAAAAUGGCACGCAUCCUUAACCACACCGCUCUUGGUAUCGGCCUCACCAUCAUUGUGUUGUAUAUCAUCAUCGUCAUUGUUAGUACAUCAACUUAAAAUAACAAUCACCAUAAUUGUCAGAGAUUUCAUGGCUAGACACUAAAAAGUGUUCUCAAAUAUACAUACAAACAUUGUUUAUUAAAAAAAAUUGUAUUUAGCUUUUAAAUACUUUGAAAUGUAAUCUGCUUUAUGUAACUCGCAUAAUCAUUACGACUUUGUUAAGACUUCACAUUAAUGAGCUGAUUGAUCUAUAUUGCCAGUGAGGACUGAUUCAGUAUGUGUAAUCUAAUUACUUAUCUCCAAUGUAUACUUAUUUGCAUAAUUAAAACAAAUGUUCUAAAGUCCAUUAUUGUAUGUUUAAAACCAAAGAAACUAUUUCUGAGUAAAUGGAUCAUGAAGAAGUUUGUUGUUUAAUUAUAUAGUACAUAAAAUUCAACUUUUCUGGUGACCAAUAAAUAAGUGUAUUCAUUAUUCAUCAUUCUAAUUGCUUAUGAGAUAUUGUAUGAAUGCUGUCUUAUUUUUUAUUUAUAUUUUUUUAGCAAAAGUAUUUUUUUUUCUCUUUUUCCUUUGAUAAGCCCUCCAAUAAAAACAGAUACUGGUAAAACAUUAGCUAUAUACU